AUGAAAGGAAGUCCUUUUUAUUUGUGUAAAUAUCGACUACUGAGGCCAUUACUUUGGAUGCUCACAGUCUACGUUGUCCCAGCUACAUCCCUUCUACUAUUAGCAAACCCAUCAGAAACAAUAUCUGUGAUGAGAAGAGAAGAGGCAGAAAUACGAUUAGUGAAUGGAGAGAGCCGCUGCCAGGGAAGAGUUGAAGUUCUAUACAAUGGGACUUGGGGAACAGUGUGUGAUGACGAUUGGGACAUUGUAGAUGCGAAUGUGGUUUGCCGGCAGCUGGGUUGUGGCCAUGCUAUAUCCGUACCAAAUCGGCUCUUCUUUGGUCAAGGCACAGGACCAAUUUAUCUAGAUAAUGUGGACUGCAAAGGAAGAGAAACAGCACUAAGCCAGUGCAGGAGCCUUGGAUGGGGAGUACAUAAUUGUUAUCACUACGAAGAUGUCGCAGUCACCUGUAAUGAAAUACUGCCAACACCAAGUAACAAGGGACAGUCCACAAAAACAUCAUCAGCAUCUUUGCAGGAUGGUCUACGGGAUGGCAGUAUCAGAUUGGUCAGCGGAGCUGAUUCCUGUCAAGGAAGAGUGGAAGUCUUUUAUAAGGGAAAUUGGGGAACAGUGUGUGAUGAUGACUGGGGAAUGAAGGAUGCAAUGGUUGUGUGUAAGCAGAUUAACUGUGGCCAAGCCCUGGACUACAAAAGCAAUGCUUAUUUUGGAUAUGGAACUGGUUUAAUAUUACUGGAUAAUGUGAACUGUGAUGGCUCAGAGUCCUACCUAUCAGCUUGCUAUAGUCUUGGCUGGGGUAUCCACAACUGUGGCCACCAUGAAGAUGCUGGAAUCAUCUGUGCAGGGCAUGGAAUUUCAACAACGUCCCCAAACUUCACGCCUAUAGCUCAAGAUACUGCAGAGUCAAUUACUGACACAGCAACAGUUACAUGGGGUGAAGGUCAACCUUCUCCUGAGACAGAUUUGUUUACUACUGCAUUUUUCCAUCCUGGAAGAAAGAGUGGCAGUAUAAGACUGGUAAAUGGAAAUAGCAGUUGCCAAGGAAGAGUGGAAGUUUUGUACCAGAACACUUGGGGAACUGUAUGUGAUGAUGACUGGGACUACAACAAUGCACAGGUGGUUUGCAAGCAGAUGGGCUGCGGUCCAGCCAUUGUAGCUACAACCCUUAGUUAUUUUGGCUACGGCAGUGGACCUAUACUCCUAGACAACGUAGACUGUGUUGGAACAGAGAAAGAUAUAGUGAAUUGCUUUCACUUAGGCUGGGGCCAGCAUAAUUGUGGACAUCAUGAAGAUGCUGGGGUUAUAUGUCAAGGUUUAAAGGAAGCUGAACUGUUUUCCAAGGGGAGCAGCUUUGAAGUGACAACUGAAUCUGUAACACCCUCUAAAGAUGGAUCUAUCCGUUUAGUGAAUGGAAGCCACCGAUGUGAAGGUCGCGUGGAAAUCUUUUUCCUUUUGCAGUGGGGAACUGUUUGUGAUGAUGCAUGGGACAUGAAGGCUGCAAAAGUGGUGUGUCGAUCCUUGGGCUGUGGAGCACCUUUUAAAGCCUGGGGAGAGGCGUGGUAUGGACAGGGAAUUGGUUUUAUCUUCCUUGACAAUGUUAAAUGUCAUGGCAAUGAAAGUUCCUUACUACAGUGCUCCUACAUCCGAUGGAAUGUCCACAACUGUGAUCACUCGGAGGAUGCUGGGGUAAAAUGUGGACUUGACUGAACAAUACAUUAUUAUAUAAAUGCUAAACAAAUGUAAAUGUAUACAUUCUGUAAAUAUUGUUGUACCUUUGUAAGUUUGCACUUUAUUAUCCCAUUUAAAUCAAGCAGACAUAGACAUACAAUUUGUUGAACUGUAACCUUAUACGACAGAGGUUCAAAAAGUGUUGAAGCGGUGUUAACAGACCGCUGAUUGUGCCUACCAUGGUUAGUGGGACUCACCAUGCAG